GAAAGACGUUGGAAGCCGACAUGUCCGUGUGGAUUUGAGUCCGUGUGGCGUGGCUCGUUUGACAGGAGCCGUGUGGUUCUGGUGCCGCCCGGCGUGGACGUGAUCACAGCAAAAACAUCCACGGCGACGCACUUCCGCUUUCUGGCUCGACUUUUACGUUCCCCGUCUGAGUAUUUAGUAGUUUUGUUUUCAAGACAGGAAGCAUGAAUUCAGAAAACGACCAAGCUGCAGGAAGUGAUACGGAAGAGGAGGAGGAGGAGAAGAAGAAGAAGCAUUUGAGACCCCCCUCCAGUUAUGGGUCGAUGAAGAGCGAAAGCAUCGAGGACGAGGAGGAGGAGGAGGAGGAAGAAGAGGAGAAGGCAGGAGGGGGAGGUGAAGGGGUGUUUGUAGCACCACCAGCACCACUGGAUCCUCCUGCUCCUCCUGUUGUUGGGUCUCAGAUGAUGUACUCCAUGUAUACGGAGACUCACUACACUGAAGCCACAGAAAUGACCAGACCACCAGACGCCAUGGUCAUUGAAACGGGCGGCGCAGAUCUAGAGGACAUGAUGGACGACGAACUGGACGACGAAGACGAAAUCCUUACAACUUGUUCUCCAGAGCCACCCGAGCCCCUGGAAAUGGAAGGCCUGAUCCAGGAGGAUGAAGACGGCCAGCCCGGAAAACUGCACCCAGAACUGAGUCUGCCUCAUAUAUUCAGAAGCAUCCAGAAGGUUCUGACGGGGCUCAACAGCGACGAGCUGUUAAACUUUAAAACUUCCUUCACCAAAUGGGAGGACGUUAAGCUGCCGCUGUUCCUGGACGGGGAUCUGCUCGACUUCGUAGACAAGAUCUUCGAGGUCUACGGCCAGAGCAAAGCGCUGUCGAAGACAAUAAGCACUCUUGAAAGCAUAAACAAGGUGGAGGAGGUGGAAGAACUGCAGAGAGUGUGCGACAAAGCCAUUUUUUGUUUUUACCUGAAAGGUAGGCUUCACAGAAAGUUCCUAGUGAUCCGAGAGGGGGUGAUCCAGGCCGGAAAGCAGAACCUGCUGAACAACAUCUACGUGGAGCCUCAGAUCUCCACCUGCGCGUACGGAGGAGUCGACCUCACUCAUGAGACCUUGGGAAAAUCCCCGGCACCUUUCGACGUCCCCAGCGAGGACACCUUUGUGCCCUUGAACAAUCUGUUCCGACUCCAGAAGGAAGACGGCUCUCUGGCGAGGACGGUAGUGACCACGGGGCUCCCGGGGGUCGGCAUGUCUGUGUCGGUGGCCAAGUUCGCGCUGGACUGGGCAGAGGAGAAGGCCAACAGGGACCUGCAUUACGUCAUCAAGCUUUCGUUCCGCGCUUUGCGGCUUGUGCUGGAGAGAAGCGGCCAUGAGGAUAGGUCCAUGUUGGACAUAAUGCAGUAUUUCCACUUCCCCGUAAAAGAUCUCAAGUUGCUGGAGGAAGACGGCGCUAAAUUCCUCGUGAUAAUGGACUGCUUUGAUUGCUACGAAGGGACUCUGGACUGGAAGAACGCUCCGGUGAUCAAUGACAACUACACCAAAGCGUCCAUGGACGUCCUGGUGGUCAACAUCAUCCGAGGCAACGUGCUCCGCGGCGCGCGCCUCUGGAUCCUGGGCAGACGAGCGGCGGUCUCACAGAUACCGUCUGAGUUUGUGGACAUCGUCACCGAGCUGCGGGGUUUUACCGACGAGAUGAAGGACGACUACCUGACCCGACGCCUCACCGACGCCCGCAUGGCGGAGAACAUCGUCAGACAUUACAAGCGCGCGCCGACGAUACGGAUUCUCGCCCGCCAUCCCUUCUUCUGCUGGGUAGUGGGGAAAGUUUUCAGCUACAGCUUCCGGCUCGUGGACUAUGGGAGCAACCGUCCUAGAAUCACGCCGUUCCUCAUCAACUACGUGACCAUUAUGACGAAUCGCAGGCUGAAGUUCUACUACAGACGGAGGGAUAAUGAAAUGAAAUGGACCGUCACAGAGUACAAGCAUCUGACGGGGAUUGGGAAGAUGGCCUUGAAGUUGCUGGAGGUCAACACCAGCGUGUUCACUGAGAAGGACCUGAAGGACUUCGAUCUGGACCUGAGAGAGGUGGUGGUGCGCUCGGGCUUGUGCACUGAGCUCAAUCCUGAAGGCUUGUCGGGUAGAAGGAGGUUCUGCUUCGCCCACUUCACCAUUCAGGAGUUCAUGGCCGCUCUGUACACCUUCCUCACGUUCUACAGGGAAUCCAGGAACGUCCUGAACGCUGGCGGCUCAUCCAAACUCAAAUACAGGAACGUGUCGCCAGCAGGCCUCGUGGAGUGCGCUCUGGCGUUGACCAUGAGGUCCGAGGCGGGCCACUAUGACUUGUUCCUGCGUUACCUGUGCGGCCUGUUUUCCCCGCACUGCUACAAAUCAUUCCUCAGGACACUGUUUCCUCAACAAGCCCCCAAGAUGGAAGGUGAAGGUGAGGUGGUGCAGCUGCUGGAGCAGACCCUCCAGAACGCUCCUGGCAUCAAUACGCGCAACCUGGAUGAGUGCCUAAGAGAGCUGACCCAGGAGAGUGAUUAAUCUCAGAAUCCUCUAAUCUCAGAAUCUCACGUUCUGAGAUUAGAGGAGCGCAGAUAGAAUGGGUAGAUGCUGCUUAAAGGGUGACUUUUAGAAAUAACAGGAGAAUGACAUUAAGUGACCAACAUUGAAGCACUACUAGCUUUUAUUGGGAUGAAACGGAGAAUAAUAUAGUUUUCUAGCUGCACCAAGCAACCUAAAAUGUUAGUUUUAUACCUUCCAAAGGUAUAGACUUUACAAAGCACUGUGUAUUGUGAGUCCAGUUCUAAGCAGAACAUCUUAAAAAAACACACACCCCGUCUGGCUGCCAUUUCAAUCUGAAGCUGUUUUUUUUUUUUUUUUUUUUAUGUGUACAAUAACUUUAUGGUUCAAGGUUUAGAUAAUAAAUUUACAGAUGAGACAGAAACAAGCAGAACAGACCUUUCAGUGUUUGCAGAAGAAAGAAAAAAUGCAGAAAUAAGAGUCAAAGCAAAUGUUUCAUUGAACGCCGUCAAAGGUUUUCUUUUAAAGCUUUUUUCCCUUCACUUGCUGUGUUCAGGUUUUCAAAUCCUACUGUUGAUUAUUUUCGGUGAAUGUCAGAGGCCUUAACAAAGAAAGAUUUCCCUUAUAGUCCCACAGAGGGGACAUUUUAUCUCUGUUUACCCAUCCCUCAGGGAGCUGCCCACACUGAGUGGCACACGGGAAGCAAUCUGGAGCUAAGGGUCUUGCUCAUGGACAGUGGCAGUCUGCAGGGAUCGAACCGGGUACUUGCAACCUUCUCAGAGCGCAAGAUCACUUGCUCUAACCACUCGGAUCCUUCGCAACAUAAGCAGGACUUCCUGCCAUGGAGGAGGCUUGUGAAACUAAAUGUCUAAGCCCACACAAGUAGCCAACGGAGUGAGAAAGAACACCAUCGGGGGGUUUGGUCUUUAUUCCUACGUUUAUUCUACGUUUAGAGUUUAAACAUGGAUACAUAGCAAAUCCUUCCUAUUUAUAUUGUUUUUCUUUCAGUUUUCACUGUUGCUGAUUUUGCGUGCGUGCAGAGUUCUGAAACUGCAGAGGUUUAGGCUUUCUUUUGUUCAUCAGUACAAAGUUUAGCAUCAGCAGGUUUGGAUUGGCUUUGUUUUGGUUGAAGCCAUUUCUUUCUUUUUUUUUUUUUUUGGUGAGUUACACUGAAGAAAGUGGGUGGAGAAAGGCCUUUUUUAAUGAUUUUUAGUUUUUACGCAUAUCCUAACACAUCUCUAUCAAUAAAUGAUACUGAGCAGAGCAGUUUGAGUCUUCUCAGACGAGAACCAAAGAUGUGAAACAAACCAAAUCUCACUGGUGAUGAGGUUUAGCAACAAUGUCAGAAGCAAUCAGAUUUUAUUUAUAGUAAACCAGUGCUUUACAAAGGUGGAAAAUGGCACAAGAAUUCAAUUAUUCCAAACUAUCGCUAAAAUAGUUAUUAGUAACCAAUCUUUAAUUAAAUGUGUCAAAUUGUUAUAUAAAUGCAGACAUUAGGAAAUGCAAUCUCACUUAUGAGGAAACACCAGACACAGAUCAAGUUGAAACCAGAUGUUUACACACACUCUAUAUAAAAAAUAAUCCUUUCUCCGUUAUUGUCCGAUAAUUAAAUCUGACUAAAACAUUCCAGUUUUAGUAAAUUAGGAUUAACCAAUCAUUUUUUAUGUAUUAUCCACCAGAGAAAUUAUAAAAACCUAUCAGAAGUUUAUGUGUGCUGAGAUUACCGUGCCUGUGAUGAUUUUUAUUCUUUCGGUAAGCCACGACUUCUUGUUGUGAGUAUUUUGUUGCAUCCGCAAAGUUCUGCACACGCCUAGCAUUUAUGUGGUGAACGGGGAUAAAAAGGAAUCUGUGGCGUGUUCAGAACUCGGAUUUAUAUUUUAUUGUUUACGUCCUGAGCAUUUAUAUCAAUAAAGUCAUCAACUGAUCGAGCUUUUA